AUGAAGUACUUCCAGCAGACAGUCGACUUCGACUACUCGUGGGAAGAGGUUUCGACGAGCAACUGGCGGAAGUAUGGCCCUUGGAACGAGAAGACACCCCAUGUCAUCGCCGUCGACACAUUAAGUCGCUCCGUCGACCCUGCGACAGGAAUUCUACGCACAGAACGUCUCAUCACAUGCCAGCAAUCCACACCGAAAUGGAUACAAACCAUCCUCGGCGGCCAGGACACCUCCAUGGUCUACGAGACCUCUUACGUCGACCCCGUCGCCAAGAAGCUCACCCUCUGCUCCAUGAACAUGACAUGGUCGGAUCUCCUCAAUGUACGCGAGACAUGUAUAUACGAGCCCGUCGCAUCAUCACCAAACGACAAGACCGCUUUUACCCAACGCGCUGAAAUAACCGCCCUGUGUGGUGGCUGGCAAAAAAUCAAGAACAGCAUCGAGCAGUUUACUGUCGAGCGCUUCCAGCAGAACGCCGCCAAGGGUAAGGAGGGCUUCGAGAUGGUGCUUGAGCGCGCGCGACAGGUCUUCCAGGAGCAGAGGGAUAUCUUGGAGCUACGGCAGGCGCAGCAGGACAGCAAGAUCCUGAGGCAGGCUAAGAUUUGA